AUGCUAGUCCACCGCCUGCCGCACCACAAUAUGCACCACUUAUCAGCAAAGGACGCGAUGAAGGUCGUACCGUCGAACUUCAACCCUUUAUCCUCUCGCCUAUCGAAGUUCUGUUCAAAAACCUCGUCCGAGAACUUGUAUAGAGAAGGAUUUCCCGCGGCGCAGCAGUUCUUCCAUACCAACUUAGCUGCCCGGCGCUGCUAUUGGCAUAACAACCGGUGCACGGGGUCUUACCGUCUAGCCGUUGGUACUUCGCAUCUUCACGGAGAGAUCCCAAGUCUCCAAGUAGGCCCUCUUGGCCACCCACGACCUUGGCUUUUUAGAGAAUCCCGCUCCUGUCUCGUAGGACUUGUAGCUCGGCAGUCCACCGGGUGGGUUUGUUUAUCCGAAGAAGGCAGACUGAAGCGGAGGAGCAGAAAAUGCAACACAACAAGGGGCGAACCAAAGGCUUGCGCGAAGGAAGAAGCGAAUCAAUCAGAAUGGAGACAGGGAGGAGAGAAAAGGAAGAUUGAGCAAUGCAAAGGAGAAAGAAGUUGUCCCCUCUUAUCUGGUAACCCGCCGCCGCAUAUGUCGAAAAAGAGGGAGCGGGGAAGGAAGAACAACCGUUUUACUUUGGCACAUGAGGUGGCGGGUUUGGCUAGGGGCUUAGGGCAUAUCAUCAAAGAAAGAAUCCCGAGGAAGGGGGUGAAGCUGAGGUUAGAAACGGUUUCUCCCGCUGUUGCUAGUUCUUCCGUUGUUGGUAGUUCCUCAGGUCGGGUUGUUUAUUUUUCAGAGCUUUUUCAAUUCUUUCAGAACCUUUCGUAUGCGCCUAUUGGAAGAUUUGGGCUACCUCCUCUCUUUCCGAUCUCAUUCAGAUAA